AUGGCGGCGCAGACCGGCGCAGUGUCGUCAACGGCUUCGGAAGAAGAUGUGGACUUGCUUUCAGCUGAGACAAAACGCCCAUCGUCGAGCAUUCCUCCCUCCAACCUCCAAUACCGCAAUGGAGUAUCUGAAAAUACCGACGAUAUGGCGACCUCAAAUAGUCUCGAUGAAGGCGACGAGUCCCUCAUCGAGUUGUCAAUCAGCGAGGCUGCAAUGCUUAUGAAAUCACCAAGUACACCGGCGAUUGAGAAGGCUGCGGCAAUGGACGACGUGAACGGUGGUGGUUUUUACGAUAGCGAUGCGGAAAUACCUACCCCUCCGGCAGUAUAUCAAGCGCAUUCCAGAGAGGAACAAUCUUCCGACGCCUUUGCAGAUAUGGAAGGAUUAUCUUUACGCCAACCGGCAGAAGAUCAAUCCCAACCAAUUGCUGGAGAAAAUGUCCCCUUUCCAAAGCUUCCAUCGCCAAAGCCUGAAACCUCAGCACUCCCAGGCCCAUGGUACCCGGGCUCAAGAGCGAUACAGACACGGCGGACAGAACCCCAGUCGGCAUUGGCCGGCGUGUUCAAUAAUGCGAGGACAAGGUCACGAUCGGCCAGCCUGGAAGGGCUAAAGAAGUUCUUGCCCAAAGGCUUACCUUCGAUGCCACAAAUAGGGCAUUUCUUUGGGUCUUCUAAUACUUCACACAGCCAGGGGCCCGCCGGUGCCUCUAGAGACAUACGUCGAACCCGGCCCUCAAGCAUGUUUGUUCCAGGCGCCACUCCACGUGGCGGUUCUUCCCCCCGACCUCGGGGUUACAGCCCAAUAUUUGGGACAACGCCAGAAUCAUGCUCGGAAAAUAAUCUCCUAGCAGGACCUCAGCGAUCGAAAUCAAUAAGACGAGUUACUUCCGAUGAUUCCUUACUCUACCACUCACUAUCCCGAGCCUCUUCUCUCGGUGACGAUUCGCGAUUCGAAAAUCAAAACGAGCAGGUCAAUUCGCGUAUCAAGGCUAUUAGAGACACUCUGCAAGAUAGAUCCAGUUUUAGGAUGCCGCAAAUGCCCAGCAUGCCAAGUAUGCCCCGUGUCGCUGGUUUUAACUUCAACAUGAACUUUUUAAACGCCAACAAUAGCCCUGCUCGGUGGAGAACAGAUACUGAUUUGCUGCCAGAGAUUUUACCAGGCCACACAAAGGACAGGCCGUCCGCGCUUCCUAAUCCCGCGGUUGCAUCAGGAAUGGUUGGUGCUGCGGCCUCUCAACCUCGGACGGCUAUGGCUAGUCUUGAAUCGGUAGCCAAUGCACAAUCCGUAAGUGCGAUGGAUCGGGCCCUUGAGUCUCUUACGGGUGAUGUUGUGGUGAUGGGUGGAUAUCGAGGGUCAAUUCUCCGCUCAACGAAAACAGACCGUCAAGUCUGGGUUCCGGUAAAAGUUGGUCUGAAUAUACGGAAGGUUGACUUGGAAGUCGGCCUGGAGCCAGAGGACGAGGAAAGGAUGGAGGAAUCGAUAUACCCAUCUGGAAUGCUUCAAAAUAUCGGACCGGUCGAUAUAUCGAAACGGCUCUUCAAACGACUUAGCGAGUGCGAGAAUGCCCGGAAUGGAAAAUUGCGAGUUUGGAAUUACGGUUAUGAUUGGCGACUAAGCCCCCAUAUAUUGAGUCGGAAACUCGCGGAAUUUUUGGAAACGCUACCUUGCAAUCAGCCUUCGAAAGAUGGCUCGGUGCAGGGGAAUGCCGGUGCUAUGGUUAUCGCACAUAGCUUAGGAGGGCUCAUCACUCGACAUGUUGUCAACCACCGUCCAGAGCUAUUCUCCGGCGUCGUUUACGCUGGAGUGCCGCAAUCGUGCGUAAACAUUUUAGGCCCUCUGAGGAACGGCGAUGCAGUCAUGUUGAGCUCAAGAGUCUUGACAGCCCAGGUUAAUUUCACCUUACGGACAAGCUUUGUCCUCCUUCCUGAGCAUGGCCGUUGUUUUGUGGAUAUACGCACGAAGGAGCAGUAUCCAGUAGAUUUUUUCAGCUUGGAUGACUGGAUCAAGUAUCGCUUGUCUCCUUGUACGGAUCCACCAUUGCCACCUCGAAAUCAAUCUCCAGGAGGGUUAGGCGGAUUGCUUAACCUGUCAUCAAAUAUUUUGAGUGUUCCAAUUCCGGGAAAGAAAGUAAUUUCCAGCUCGGCCGACAAUGGAAAUUAUGCACCACAUGCCCAUACAAUGAGGAUUACUCGAGCAGCUGAUAUCGCCCGGGAGGUAGACCAUGGCACCGACCGUACCUUAGCCCCCAAAAUGGACAGUAAGCCCAACUCCAUGACCAAAGGCAUAUACACGAACCAGUCCAUCUCCACAGCCCUAACCAUCCCACGCUCAAAAGCCAUCGCCUACCUGGAGCGCACCCUCGCCGAGACCAAGAAGUUCAAACAAGAACUGCGUUUCCGCCCAUCGCUUUCCAAGCCGAACCGCUACCCGCCCCUCGCCGUCAUCUACGGGAAAUCCAUCCCCACCUGCUACGGCGCCAAGGUCGAUGGUCGGGAAGGCAUCCCGUGCUCGGAUUCCUACGAUAAUCUUGCCUUUGCGAGCGGUGACGGUGUCUGUCUUGCAAGGGAGGCUAUGUUGCCCGAAGGAUAUAAAACCGUUAACCAUGGCCGGAUCAAAAGCGACCGCGGCCACGUUACACUAUUGGGAGAUUUAGAAGCAGUGGGUAAGGCGUUAGAGGCUGUUCUAAAGGGGAGAGCCAAGGGGAUUGGGUUGGGUUUGAUAAAGGAGACGACGGAUAGCGAGUGA